AUGGCAUUGGAGAAGAAGUUUGUGUGGAAGCAACUGGCACCAAUGCUGGAUCCAUUUGCAGUCGCAGCGGCAAGUAUGUUGAAUGUUACGGUGCGGAGAUUCUGCGUUUCUCCGAAUGGUCUCCUUAUUGUGCCUCAUGUCAUCGUCAACUGUGGCGAGGAAGCAGCUGAUCAAAUGGUCAAGUGCUUGCCUGCCAUUGAUAAGACAGAGGUGACUCUGGUUUCAUUUUUCGAUUACAAGAUUAGCCACAGUCCACGCGACCUGGAUCACUUCGCUCUGUGCAUGGGCUGGCUUCUGGGUUCCUUUACCAAGCUUCGUGUGGCGAACAUCGGCACUUUUCGUAGGUACGGUGAUAGGACUUGCCUUUGGAAGACUGUUUUGCAAAACCUUCAGCGCCACUGCCGUUGUCUCGAGAGUCUCGACUGCUACUGCUACACGUGGCCAGAGCUAGUCGUGAAGGCUUUGCCAGCUUUCAACAACCUUCUUCGCAUGGGCUUGUCGGUGAACAGCACAUCCGAGUGUUCGGCAUCACUGCUCUUCGAAAGACUUGCUGACUGUUCUGGAACUCUGCGGCGUUUGGCCUCGGUAAGUUUCGAGGUGGCAUGUGACGAAGUGGAUUGCAAGUCUUCCUUGCAGCGGUGCAUGGACGUGUUCUCGCUUACGCACGUGCGCAUUCUUGAGGAUGACCUGUUUGACGACACAUUGCCUCAAGUCCUGUCUCAGAUCAGAUGGCCAUCCAGCUGCUGUAUGAUUGCACUGUCAGCUAACUUCUCGGGCGAGCAGCUCUGCGCAUUGGCCGACGAAGUUCGUGCGAGUGGAGCAUCUGGGCUAUACAUCCAGAGCUUAGGUGAACGAGAGCUGACGGCUGCGCAGGUGCACCAGUUUCUAUCCACUCUGGAAAGAUCCACUCUGAGCACUUUCGGUUGGGACCAAGACGUGCCAGCAGCUGUAGUCAGCUCUGCCAAGAUUGGCCUUUGCAGUUUGGUUGGCAACCUGCCGUCCUUGCGUUCCCUUCAGCUGGGGGUUUAUGGCAAGCAGGGCUUUGCAUCUGAAGACUUGACGAAGGCUGCCUUCGAGGCCGAUGUUUGCUUACAUCGCUCCAGAGGGCUCUUCAUGCCAGAUUGCUCAGGGCGGAGUGCCUUCACCGCCUUGGCAGCCGCCUGGCGGUGGUGCACCCACUCGACAGUGGAAGUCAACACUUUAUAG